AUGGAAGCUACAGGGAAACAGGCAACUUCGAUAGAACAACCAAUUGAAUCUGUCAACAAAGUUUCAACUUAUGCAAGUAAGAAACAAAAUCAAAAUAAAUCAGAGUUUAAACAAAUAUCAUGCUACGCAUGUGGGUUUUCUGGACAUCACAAAACAAACCCAAAAUGCCCAGCAAAAGGGAAGAAAUGCAGAUUAUGCCAAAAUGAAGGACAUUUUGAAAAAUGUUGCAAGUCGAAGAAAUUUUUUUCAAAGAAUCACUAUUCAAGAAAAACAAAUGUGCGACAUGUUGAGUCUGCAGAUGAUACAUGCAAUGAACCAGAUUACGAUAACGAAGAUGAUGAUUAUGCAUUUUCCAUACAUGGGAAUCAAUGCAAAGUUAUCAAAUUUACAGUUAAUGUUGGAGGUAUAGAUGUUCCUGUGGUGAUUGAUUCUGGUGCAACUGUGUGGGAAAAAUUAGUAGACUUUCAAUUAAAAAUUCCUAUAGACAAAAGCAUUCAACCUGUAAUUCAGCCAUUACGUCGUAUACCGUAUCAUUUGCGAGGAAAGUUGGAAGAAAAACUGAAUGAACUUGUAGAACAGGACAUUAUUGAAGCCGUUAAUGGACCAAGUCAGUGGACAUCGCCAAUUGUGGUUGUACCAAAGAAGAAUGGUGAUAUACGCAUAUGUGUUAACAUGAGGCGCGCAAAUUUAGCAGUCAUGCGUGAAAGAUAUCCAAUUCCAACUGUAGAUGAGGUACCCGGUAAUUUAAGAUUUGAAUUAAAGUAA